UUUAAAUUAAACUCGAGUGACACUUCUGGCGAGAAGGAAACAGACAAUCAACAAUUAUUGAUAAAGUGGAAAUUUCUUGUGUCUAAAUUAUCAGCAUGGUGUACUUCAGUCCUCGCGGAAUGCAAAUGAUGUGUAGCAUAUCACCAGAUUUACCAAUAAAUUCAAAGAUUCCAAAUAGUCCAACAAUGGAAUCAGCAAACAGUGAUCGAUAUGAUCCAGAUUUGAAUUCAGAAGAUUCAGAGGAUUUGAAUAUUACAACUAUGUCUUCGUCAUCAUCUCCAUCGCCUGCUACAUCCCCAUCGUUAAUGGAUCACGAAACAAAUGAUUCCGAAAGUAGUCAAAUAAAAACAACUCCAAGUUCUGGAUGUAUAUUAAAGUUUUCAAUUGAAAAAAUUAUGGAACCAGAAAAGAGUCCAAAAAGUUCAAAGGACAGAAAGCACUAUAAAAUGGAAUCAAUGGAAAAAAGUGUCUCGUAUGAUUCAGCAUUUAAAAAAUACGUUCCAAAUGCAUCAUCCGUUCACCAAUUUGUCAAUCGUCCUCAAGAUUUUCUCUCUCAAUAUCCAUUGCUGUAUUAUCCAAACCAACUUAUGUGUGCUGCCGCUCAGUAUGCCGCCCUUACACAACACACAACAUCAGUUAAUCUUUUGUCAAAUGCUGCUGCUUCUAGUCCCAAUAGCGUUUCCACAUCACUUACCCAAUUAUCAAAUCUAGCUAUUCAAUCAUAUCACAAUCAAAGCCAUCAUGCAGCAAUUAAACGUGAGAGUAAUCAUGAGAAAAUUUCAUCUUCAACAUCAUCGUCAAUGUCGCAUGGAAAGUCAAUGAGAAAAGGAGUAUUCGAGAGUCCUGCUGAUAAGAAAUUAAAUUCAUCAAAUAGUCACGUACAAACAGCAACGACAACAAUUGGUGCCGUUUCAUCGUCAACAACAUCAUCGUCAUCAAAUAAUACAACGAAUGGAAAACAGAAAACCUUUGCAUGUCCUGAAUGUGGUAAAAUAUUUAAUGCGCAUUAUAAUUUAACAAGGCACAUGCCUGUACAUACUGGAGCUCGUCCAUUUAUUUGCAAAGUUUGCGGUAAGGGCUUCAGGCAAGCAUCAACAUUAUGUCGUCAUAAAAUUAUCCAUACAUCCGAUAAACCACACAAAUGUCAGACGUGUGGGAAGGCGUUUAAUCGCUCAUCGACCCUCAACACCCACACGAGAAUUCAUCAAGGAUAUAAACCUUAUUGCUGCGAGUUCUGCGGCAAAGGAUUUCAUCAAAAGGGGAACUAUAAGAAUCAUAAAUUGACACAUAGUGGUGAAAAAGCAUACAAAUGUCAGAUUUGCCAUAAAGCAUUUCAUCAAGUCUACAAUUUAACCUUUCAUAUGCACACGCAUAAUGACAAAAAGCCAUUCCAAUGUAAAAUAUGCGCAAAAGGAUUUUGUCGGAAUUUUGAUUUGAAGAAGCACAUGAGAAAAUUGCACGAUAUUCAUACAUCCAGUAGUAGAUCACGAAAAAAUCAAAAUUCAAGUAGCAAUAAUAAUAAUAAUAAUAACAGCAGUAGCACUAAUGGAGGAUCUUCAUAUCCACAAACAGCCCUUCCAUUAUCACCUUCUUCAACAUCAUCAUCAUCGCAUCAUAUUGUCGGUUUAAAUCCACACAUGCAUCCUUUCACAUCACUACAGCAACAGCAACAUCAGCGAAUCACAGCAGGUGAUUACGCCUCAUCAUUUAUGAUGCCAACUGCCAGACAACGAAUCGAUUCAUCGCCAUUUAUUGCCAAAGUAUUUUGACAAAAAUAUUAUGUUAAUAUACAGAGUCAGUUUAAUUAUCAUGCAGAAUUAGACGUGAUACACAGUGAUGGUGAUGCAAAAGAGGAUUUACUUUUAAUGUAGAAAUUAUUUGAUGAUCAUUUUGAUUGUAAGCAAAAUUCCCCAGUGAUGAUGUGCAAUAGCAAAUAAUGAAGUAUAAUAUAAAGAAAAAUUGGAUAUAAAUUUGUAGAUUAUAAAACAGAAAUAGAUG